UUGUAUCACAUAAACGGAUGUCCAUGAAAGAUUUAUUCUUCACCAACACGCCGCGCUUUUCGUCGAGCUAUAUCGCUGCAGCCACACACGUGACGAAACGCGCCCCAAAAGGAGAAACGCGUUUUAUGUUCCAGGGAGCUAGUUUUGACUUUUGGAUUAAAAUGAUCUGAUCAUGUCGUCAAGGAGAAAAAGUCGACCUGUGAGGCGUGUGGAGUCCGAACACCCUGGAAAUCAUGCUGAAAAUUUUGAUACUGUAACCCAAAGUGUAGACGAGCAAUACAGCGGGAUACAAACGUUAAUAAGCAGGAACUCUGUUCAUGCGGACGAAGAGUACCAGAAUAAUACGGACCAGGAACACGCGGAUGCCUACUCAAACGGCGCUGAAACUCGGGACAGUGAACAAGCGGAGAGAAACGACGAAGAAAGGCCGAUAAAGAGAUACACAGCAUACGAGAACCCACCGGAAGGUGUUUAUGUCCUUCAACCACAAGGUUUCAGCGACGAUGAAACACCAGACAGCAACGCACAACCGGCUUAUCACCCCAAUGAAGAGAACCCGCAUAUGGAUUCUCAGACAGACCGCAAACGAAUGAGAGACGGUGACAACAGCGCCACCGAGUGUGAGCAAGAUGAAGAAAGAGGAGCAGGGUUGGAUCUCACUGUGAAACGAAGACGAACACAUUCCACUGAAGAAGCAGAUGCAAUGCAUACAGACAAUACUGACUGCGUUGUCACAGAUGACAAGAUGAAACGAUUUGAACGCUUGCUUCAACUGCUUGCACUCCGCCGGCCCCUGGCUGAAGCGAUGGAAGAGGUCGGUUUGUCACGUGACGAGGUCGCUAAGGUUCACCGCACAAAGUUACAGAUGUUGGAAAACAAAAGGCAGGACAUGAUUAACAACAUUGAGUCGACGAGUGAGGUCAACCAAGUACAACCAGAGCAGCAACGGCCUGAGUGGGAGCCGCAUAACCAACAUGCAGAAGCGUGGACCGGAGAGCCGGCAGAGACCAGAGUUACAGCCUUUGAGCAGGGCGGACAUGGAAUUCCCAAGCCAUUCCCCGCUAACAUUCCACCAGCUGCAGUUGCUGCCAUGAUGGCUUCAAUAGUUUCCAAUUCAGAGCGUUCAAGGGUUGAAGGCACAGACGCACUGCAGAAGAUUUUCAAACGGUCGCAAAGUUUCUUUAACCAGUCCCCUACCAUGGCCAACGCCGUCACCCCACCGACUGCACGUUAUUCUACAAGCGCAGACGCGAUGGACACCAUUACAGCAGGCACUGUAUCCAGUGGUGUGGGUUCAAUUAAGAAGGGCACCCUGGAUCCUAUGAAUUUCGACGAAGACGUCUUUGAUAAAUACAUAACCAAGUUUACCGCUAAAAACUCUUGCAUGCAAUCUUCGUGCCCUCAUAUCAACAGAGACCAUUUUCACUGUACAGACAGCGACUGCAAUUUCCAGAGAUUCACCAACAAGUCCGACGUAAUCAGGCAUUACAACAUGCAUAAGAAACGAGAUAACUCAUUAGCGCAUGGGUUUAUGAGGUUUGCCCCUACAGACGACUGUACAUCUCAGUUUGGUAACUGCCACCUCAAUGGAAAAAGCACACACUAUCAUUGUUUAUAUACGAGCUGCACCAAGGUGUAUACUAGCACCUCUGACGUAAUGACGCAUGAGAAUUUCCAUAAAAAGAACCAGCAAUUCGUCAGCAACGGUUUUCAGCGAUAUCGUGCUACUGAAUCGUGUGGCAUGCAAGACUGCCCGUUUAUCAUGCAACGGACUACCCACUUUCACUGCACUCGUCCCGACUGCAAUUUCACCUUCAAAAACAAAUGUGACAUCGAGAAACAUAAGGCGUACCACAUGCGCGAUGACGCUUAUGCUCGCCAGGGAUUUAAAAAGUUUUAUAAGAACGAAUCAUGCAAAUUCCCGUCUUGUACUUGGAACCGAACCGCCAACCAUUUCCACUGUCUACGUCGAAACUGCGACUUCGCGUUUACUUCCACUAGCCAGAUGGUGUCGCACAAGCGCAAGCAUGAUCGGCAUGACCUCAUGGGAACAGACGGAGCUACAAGCACACCAACAACAAACGCCCCAACAACAACAACUUGCCCGGCGUCCAUAUCUCUCUUUCCUAGGGCAACGGUAGCUGUACCAAGCGCCCCCAACGUCACUCCUCUUUCUUCUCUCGUCCGCUCUCCUUCUGUCCACCCCUACAUGGUUACCCCUGGCAACCGUCCUCCAAAUUUUGUUCUUCCCUUUUUCUCUCCUUUCGUUGCUGCCAGCUUCUUAAACCGUCCAGCUGCACCCGUGUUAUUCGAGCAAAGAAACGGAAAUUUAACUUCUGCGUUCAAAGAAGCAGCAAAGAAGGUUCUUGCUUCAAUACCAAGUUCAGUGGCGGCAGCUGCACUGCCUCGUAACUUGGCCGCAUUCUCACCAAAGACCGAACAAUACCAAGCUUACUUACCAACAUCAGCUGCUAUAUCUCCCACACUACCCGGACACGAUGGCAGUUUUCCCAGAAGGGAAGACCAGCAACGUGAAGCAAUGACGUCAACAUCGCCAGGGGUUAUGAGUACGCAGAGUAACAGUUCGUAUGAACGACCACCACCUACGUACGUUGAAGCGACUGAACAACAGCCAAUAAACAACUCGCCCAACUACGAGCAAUUUAAUGGCGAUCAAUCUAACCAACAAGAGAGCUGGCAUGAGAGGGGGAUUUCCCCAAAUGCAGAAUCGUCGUGGCAACAACAGCAGAGAACCCACGCCGAGCAAAUUGAAUACAGUGAAACAAACACAACUCAACAAAAACAACAAGACGGAGGACGAGUUUUAAACCUUUCGUCUCGAAGUGGAUCGUCCAAUGAAAACUACAACAAAGAAGAAAACAAUCAAACGGCGCUGGAAAUUUCUAACACGCCGUCACCUUCCGUGUUGAAAUACUUCCGCGGACUUGGUCCAGAUGAAUGUCCGAUCUCGAACUGUAUGUUUCAUAACCAAUACCACUUCCACUGCGCUGUACAAGAUUGUUGUGCUGUGUUCACAGAGAGGUUACCAGUGCUUAACCACACAAAAUUCCACGAAAAACUUGAUCACGCUGGUGUAGAUCAACCUAUUUCCCCCAGCUUUCCUAUCUAUCCUGCUCUGCAAGAUAAACCUAACAACAGUAGAAGCGGUGACGACGGUUCACCCCCUCCAGGGUACAUAGCUCUUUCCGUCACCAAACGGCCGGAAAAUCGACCAGAGCCGGCGCCGGAAGUGGCCCCAAUUGCACAAAUUGCACCCAGGAAUAUAGUCCUCAGUCGCAGCGGUUAUGAAGGCACUACAAGCACUGUAACUAACAGUAAUGAAAGCGUUAACGAGGAACGAAAACAAGCAAUGUACAAUUACAUAUCCCAGAUGGUCGCGGACAAAAAACCUGCAAAUUUUUUCCAAAACUACCCCCGGCCCGGAGACGCAGUUAACACAGGGGCCUUUGCAAUGCUGCAAAACUCAAUUAUCGCUAACAUAGUAAGCAACCAGGCGGCCAGGACAAGCAUCGCUACUGUGCCUACACCUAACAACAUACCGAUCCCCAGCACCGCAGCAUUCGACGGACAAUCUAACCAAGCAAAAGCAAACUCGCGUUUUUCGGAGGAGGGAUUUCUGCACGUUAGACCUGGGAUGUCAUGCACACGACAAGACUGCAAGUAUUUAAACCAGAACCACUGGCACUGCACCUUAAACCGUUGUCGUUAUGUAUGCAAGUCUUUAGGAAAGGCACAAUCGCAUCGACAAGCCCACGAUAGUUUGGAAGGCUACGCACGGUCUGCAAAGGAAUGGUUUCGCAGCUACACCGUGAAAAAGAACUGCCCGAACCCGAACUGCGAAUUCCGACUUCGUGGGCAUUACCAUUGCUUGAAACCUGGUUGUCAGUUUGUCACUAUUGGGACGUCUAAGCUUCCAUGGCACAUGAAGAAACAUGAAAAGAUUGCGAGGCGUGAAGCGAGCGGGUUCAAGUAUUACACCAAGAAGGAGCAAUGCGCGAAAUUCGGCUGCAAGUACAACGGUCUAUUCAGUCACUACCAUUGUAUACGCGCUGACUGCGAGUUUGCCUUUCAAUACAAACACCAAAUGUCAACACACGUACGCAAGCACCUUAGGCGUAUGCUAGGUCGUUCUUACCACGGACGAGACCUGCAUACCAACAGUACAGUGGCCGAUAUCGAUCACAGUAAUGUAGAUUCUGGUGACGACUCUCUGCCGCUUAUAGUGGACGAAGCGGACGAGAUAGAGCAGCGACCAGGUGACGCUACAGAGCGCGAUGAGCAUGAUUAUGGGUACAAGCAUCAAGCGAAUCCAACCACAGAACUUACGCAGCAACAACUGGCAGUUUUGGACCAAAUAUCAAGAGGUGUAAAAGCUGCUCAAAUGAACCAAUCGGACGUGGGCGCUACAGAGCCGAGUUCUCCAGACCUAAACAACAGUACAUUCAAUGAUGAUGACGACGACGAUACUUCCAGCGAUGAAGUUUUAGAUUUGACCGCUGGUGCGUCACACCUUGAUAUGGAUUCGAACAGCGUUGGCUCUAGCUCCAACAACGAAUAUGGCACAGAUAUUGGAAACACUGCGGAUGACGAGGGUCAACACAUGAUGCAAACUAAUGAACAAAUCAUUCCUACCACCCCUGUAACAUCAGAAUUCUCAGCACACAAAACGCCCGAACCAGCAAACAGUUCGGCUGGUUCAGUUUUCGCCAAGUUUCGGUUGAACAAUGACGUCAUGGAAGGUUUUAAACGGUUCGAAUCAUCUGAAAAUUGCGGUGAUACGAUGUGUACUUAUAUGUUUAAGGUCGCCCAUUUCCACUGUAUACGAGACGACUGUAACUACCGUUUCACUGGUCGUACACACAUGUUUAAACACCACCAGCACCAUGAACGUGUGGCGGGGCUCGUACGUGAUGAUUUUAAACGUAUAAAGACCACACAGGACUGUGCAUUCGACGGAUGCCCAUACAAAGGAAACAGCACACAUUUUCACUGCUUACGUUGCCCGUUCAAAUGUACCGACAGUGCAAAGGUAGGCACGCAUAGACGUCAACACGUUAAAGCUGAUACAUUAGAACAAUCCGGAUUUGAAAGAUUCCGUGGAAAAGAAGAUUGUAUGCGAGAGAACUGCAAAUAUAGGGACCGAAACACUUCCCACUUCCAUUGCUUACAAGAUGGAUGCUCAUACACUGUGGUUGGUUUAUCAGGAAUUGAACAACACGCCAAUAAACACAAACGUAACAAUAUAUUGGCUCAAGUAUGCUCUACUAUGAGCCAAGAAACUGUGUACAAACCGUUUAUCAACCCAAACAUGGGCGAAAUGCAUUCGUUCCCAACAAGCCAUUCCCGGCAGGAGACAUACGCCCCUGUGUUUGUCCCGCCUGUUGUACCGUUUGUGCAACGCUCUGAUGCCCCUAGUCCCGUGACCGAUGACCACUCAAGCGUCUCGCCUGCCUACUCGGCCGUGACCGCUCAUUUCGACCCGAGGUAUCUGCAAGUGCAGUCCGCUGGCGGCGGUAUGGAGCUAGCUGGGUCUCUGAAUCUUUCUGUAAACCAGCAGGACCGAGGCGUCGCUUCAACCGCUAGUCUCUCUAGCGUCCCCGCCGGUGUUGGUUCUUUAUAAAAUACAAGCGCAAGGUGACGCUGUGUAGCAAACUUCCCGACCGUAUAAACCAAAGUUUUUAAAAGGCGUCAAGUUUUUAUCUAUACAUUUGACUAGCAGUGUUUCUACGAGCAUAUACGAACAUCAACUGUACGCCAAGCGAAGGCUAAAAGCCAUAGUGGUGUCUGUAAUCAAUUGAAACGAACUCUGUACUACAACUUUUACGCCCUUUUCGUACUUUUUUUUACCACGAACCCGUGCUCUAACCUACAUCGUACUGUACAAUGAUGCAGCAUUGUAUAUCGAACUGCGUACUAACCAAGCUUGCAGCAUCGUGAAAAUGCAGCUUGACGUUUUUCUUCAUUGGCUCAGGCGAACGCAGCAUCAAACCACCGUUUACUGUGAUGCAACUUCUAUAUUUAUUACUUCUAACACCCUGUGCGUUUUGUCGAAUCUUGCAUUUUCUUUUCCCGAUAUUUCUAUAAAAAAAACGUUUUGUUAAUUUAAUGUAACCACGUAUUUAUUGAUUAUACUUCCCCCCUUUUUAUCAGUCUAUCACGCUUAUGUAUUUUACUUCGUACACCCUGUAUGUCGAUACCACACGAUCAGGUACAUUUCCAAAGCCACGUCUGUAACGGCGUAAGCUCUGUUCCAUCUUCAAGCUUUUGAGUGCUUCAAAAUUGAACGUGCUUCUUUUACGUACUAUUCCCCCAUUCAAUCGCCCAUAUUUACUAUUGUUUAAUCUUUUCGUUGUUUUUCUUCGGUGGGUCAUAGUAUUUAGCGAACAAUACUGUGUGAUGAUAUUAAUUUUUCGCCCUUUAUGUUCGAAUGGCUUUCGUAGCCUAGGCCCUAGCCUACCCCUUUUAGAGGUAAUUUUUUUUAGCUUUUUUUUCCGGUGAUAGACGUACUUUUCCAAGCAAUACGAUCUAUAAUUGCUGUCUCACAUUCUACGCUACAUUUACUAAGUUAAUUUUUCUCAAUGAAGUAAUAACUUAAACCGUGCUAUGAAAUUGUCGCCCAAUAUUCUGGCGGUGUUUUUACCUGCGUAUUUACGCCCGUUUACGUUUAUUUUACGAACGUGGCAUAGAGAAGUGAUUUCCUUGACCUAUGCACUGUACUUUGUACAUAGAAUCUUCAAUAAAACUUUGCAUGGUAAAAUUA